AAGAGGGUUAAAUUUUGAAUGGCGGGGAACUUGAAGAAGAGCAGCAACCAACAAACCUUCUUCAUUCUUGAUUCUUGAAGCUCUCGUUAAUGGCGUUUCAAGUCCGAAUGAAGAUCGGCCUCCGUCUCCAUGUCGCUAUCCUCGUGAUUUCCCUCCUCCUGACCAAAACCUCCUUCGUCUCCUCCAUUCCUACGCAAGAGCUCGACGCAAUGCUCUCCGUUGUCAGAGCUCAAGGCUACAAUCUCUUCUCCAACGCCAUAACCACUUCCGAUCUCCAUCUCGAUCUCCUCACCGCCGCCCCCAACGCCUCCUUCACCUUCUUCGCCCCUACCGACUCCUCUCUUUUCGCUCUCGCCAUGACUCAGUCCGCCUUCACCUAUACCGCCACUCUCCGUUACCACUGCCUCCCUCGCCGCCUCUCUCUUUCUGAUCUCAACCGCUUCCCUUCCCAGGUUAUCCAGACUCUUCUUCCCUCACAGUAUGUUUCUCUCACUCGCCGCCUUCGGGGCUCAAGUUCCGACGCCAUUUUCGUCAAUGGUAUUAACAUUGUUCUCCCUGGAUUGUACUACAGCCGUCACGUUGCCGUCCAUGGCUUAGAAGGAAUUCUCAGUCUGCAUUCUCAGAUCCAAUUUCCCUACUAUUCUCUUCCUCCUCUUCCGCCGUUUCGCCCUAGCGCUCCCAGUAGUUUUCCGCCUGAAGAGAACAGAGAUUUCACAGGUCCGGCCGCUGAUCCUUCAAUCGGCAUCUCCUCUGUAUUUCCACCGAUUAGUCCGAGCAAUUCUUUGAACAAAACCAUUGAUCUUCCAUUUAAUCAUAUAUUUCUUGGUCCUUCACCGGGACGAUCCAAUUUCCAAUUCGAGCCGCCGGUAAUGUCCUCAGUUUCGCCAUCGACUAGUCCUAUACAUCCGCCGGCCGUUUCUAAUGAAGUAACUCCGUCGAUGCCAUCGAUGAGCACCUCAGCAGCGUGGAUGACGAAACCAGAAGACGGUUUGAGCGGGGAAACAGUGGAGGAGUAUGAGCCAUUGAAUUGGACGCCAUUCGGAUUCACGGAAGAAAAUUCAAAAAACAUUGAUGUUGAAGAUAGUCAUCCUCGACCAAACGUAGCAGCGUCUUUGAAUUGAUCUUCCGGAUUUGAAGCAGGUAUUGAUUCUUUCUUGUAAUUUCUUCCAUUGAUGGCUUUAAAUUGCAGAUGAACUUCAUUUUGAUUCAUAGAAAUUAAGAGUGUAUGAAAGGAUUUUGUGUAGAUUCUUAGUUGGUUUGAUCUGAGUUUGGUUUUGAAGAAUGGAAUCACGAGUUU